AUGGGAAAUGGGAAGCGGGCUAGUCCCCGAAAAUGCUCGUUAAAGUUGGGGCUUACAAUUCACCCUGUGACUAACGGUCGCGGACGUCGAUCAAUCUAUCACAGGCCGCUCUGUCAUUGUCUGAUUUCUGGUUGUCUGAUCACACUCGAAAUUAUGUAUCUACUUAUCGUAUUUUUGCCCCUUCUCGGUAGCUCCGUAGCAGGUUUUUUCGGACGUUUUCUAGGAUCAGAAGGAACCGCUAUAAUGACCACUACGUGCGUUUCAUUCUCUUCGAUCUUAUCUCUGAUUGCUUUUUAUGAAGUCGCACCGGGAGCUAGUGCUUGCUAUCUAAGAAUUGCUCCAUGGAUCUCAUCGGAAAUGUUUGAUGCUUCUUGGGGCUUCUUUGGCGACCGUGAAGUCACCGAAUGA